GUCCGAUAGAAACAAGGAUGUGCGCGGCUGUUCGUGAGCGCUGAGUGUGUUUUGUGUGUGUUUUUAUUGUGUGUGUGUGUUUUCGUUGUGUGUGAAAGCGGCCGGUGGGCUUUGAUAAUGUCAGAGUCUCCGGACACUCGCAGUCUCGUGUCUGCGUCCUCGCAGGCCAAUCUAAUGGAAAUAGACGCGAUUGACGACAAGGAGUUUGACAUCCCUCAAGUGGACACGCCGCCAACUCUGGAGAGUAUUCUGAAUGAGCCUGAGGAUGAGGAUGAACCCUUCAUCCUGGAGGACACCUGCCUGCUGAACACGGAAAACAUUGACGCUCAUUCCUGCGAGACCUCCUCUCUCGCCAGCUCUGACAGCGGAGACAGAGCACACCUGAAAAGGAGGAGGAAAGCAGUAGAGACUAAUGCUACAGUUCAUGGAUCGGUUCUGAAACACAGUGUGCUGAAAGGCAUUUCAGCUCAGAUUGUCUCUGCUGCUGACAAAGUGGAUGCAGGCUUACCAACGGCUAUCACUGUGUCCAGUGUCAUCGCUGUGGGAACGUCUCAUGGCCUGGCCCUCGUGUUUGGAAAAGAUCAGAACCAGGCGCUGAGGCUGUGUCUGGGUACCACAGCGACGGGGGCUGAGUAUGGCGCUGUGUCGGCCCUCAGUAUUAACCACGACUGCACACGGCUGCUGUGUGGCUUCGCUAAAGGACAGAUCACCAUGUGGGACUUGGCCAACGGGAAGCUGCUGCGCACCAUCACAGACGCCCACCCACCUGGGACGGCCAUUUUACACAUCAAGUUCACAGAUCUCCCAACACUAGCUGUGUGCAACGACAGCGGUGGCUCUGUGUUUGAACUUUCAUUCAGGAGAGUGAUGGGGAUGAGGACGUGUGAGUCUCGGUGUUUGUUCAGUGGCAGCAAGGGUGAGGUGUGCUGUGUGGAGCCGCUUCAUUCAGGCCCCGAGCUUAAAGACCAUCCAAUCACUCACUACUGCCUUCUAGCCAUGGCUUCACUCACCAAGAUUUUGGUGAUCGGACUGAAGCCUUCUCUAAAGGUCUGGAUGACUUUUCCAUAUGGCAAGACUGAUCCUGCCAGCGUGCCUCAGUUAGCAUGGCAGUUUGUGGCCGUGCAGAAAGCAGUGAACCCCAUUCUAGCCUUCUGCAGAGGGGACACCGUCCACUUCCUACUGGUGAAGAAGGAUGAAUCUGGAACAGUCCAUGUCAUCAAACAGCGACAGCUCCAGCUCAGCUGUGACCUCAUCAGUCUGACAUGGCUGAACUCGCGCACACUGGUGCUGAUGGACAGCGGGGAGAAGCUGCAUGUUUUUGAUCGGCCCAGUCAGGAGGAGCUAGAGACGCUGGAUCUGUCGGACGUCCAGCUGGUCUAUAACAGCAGCCACUUCAAAUCCCUCGCCACGGGAGGCAAUGUCAGCCAGGCACUGGCUUUGGUAGGGGAGAAGGCAUGUUACCAGUCUGUGUGCAGCUAUGGUGGCCAGAUCGUCUACCUAGGAACGAAGUCCGUCCAUGUUAUGACCCUUAGAAACUGGCGUGAGCGUGUGGAUCAUUUACUAAAGCAGGAGAAGUUUACAGAGGCGCUCUCUCUAGCCUGGUCAUUCCACGAGGGCACAGCCAAAGCCGUACUGGGCUUAUUCGGGGAUCCUGUGAAGAGGAAGGGAGUGGUGGCUGAUAAGAUGGUGGAGAUUUUGUUCCAGUACGUAGAGCGUUCUUUGAAGAAAUGUCCCGAACAGGGGAAGAUCCAGGUGCUGGAGCAGCACUUCCAGGACAUGGUUCCUGUCGUGGUGGAUUACUGUCUGCUCCUGCAGAGGACGGACCUGCUGUUUAACCAGAUCUACUCGAGGCUGGCGGAGAACUCGGUGGCUAAGGGUGUGUUUCUAGAGAGUUUAGAGCCGUACAUUCUGAGUGAGCGGAUUGGCUGCCUGACUGCUCCAGUCAUGCGGGACCUUCUUAGUUACUUCCAGGAGAACGGCAUGAUGGAGAGUGUGGAGGGCUGCCUGGUGCACAUGGACAUCACUAACCUGGAUAUACAGCAGGUGGUCCAGAUGUGUUGGGAUAACCAGCUCUAUGAUGCCAUGAUCUAUGUCUUCAACAGUGGCAUGAACGACUACAUCAGCCCCAUGGAGAAACUCUUUCAGGUGAUUGGUCCUCCUCUGCAUGAAGGAAAGCCUCUCACAGAUGAACAGGUCGUCAUGGGAAAUAAGCUACUUGUCUACAUUAGUUGUUGUCUGGCUGGACGUGCCUAUCCUUUAGGGGACAUUCCAGAAGACCUGGUACCUCAAGUCAAAAACCAGGUGUUUGAGUUCCUGAUUCGCUUGCAUUCAGUGGAGGCCACUCAGGAGGAGGAGGUGUAUCCGUACAUCCGGACACUGCUGCACUUCGACACACGUGAAUUCCUCAACGUCUUGGCUCUGACGUUUGAAGACUUUAAGAAUGACAAACAGGCUCUAGAGUACCAGCAGAGGAUUGUGGAUAUUUUACUGAAGGUGAUGGUGGAUAACUCGGACUUCACCCCGUCUCAGGUGGGCUGCUUGUUCACCUUCCUCGCCCGCCAGCUGGCCAAACCUGACAAUACCCUUUUCGUCAACAGGAAGCUGUUCGAUCAGGUCUUGGAGUUCCUCUGCAGUCCAGAUGAUGAUUGCCGACACACAGAGAGACAACAGGUGCUGUUGGAGUUACUUCAGGUGGGAGGUGUGGUCCAGUUUGACGAGGGGCGGCUCCUUGCUUUGGCGGAGAAGGCGGAGUUUUAUCAGAUAUGUGAGUUUAUGUAUGAACAGAAGCACCUGUAUGAUCAAAUUAUUGACUGCUACCUGAAGGAUCCUCUGAGAAAGGAGGAGGUUUAUAACUACAUUCAUAACAUCCUGUCCAUGCCUGGCUACAGCCCAGAGGAGAAGCAGACCGCAUGGAACAAAUCCCUACAGCAUGUGAAGGAGCUGGUUAGCAUUAAUCCAGCUAAAGCAGCCGAGCUGGUGGCUGGACACUUCUCCAGUGAGGUGGAGCCUAUUAUCACUGCACUACAGGAUGAUUAUUUGGUGUUCCAGUUCCUGAAGAACCUGCUGGAUCCAAGUGAAGGUCAUGCUCCCCAGGCUGUGCCGAAGCUUGGUCCGGAGCUGUAUGAGCUGUUGGUGGACUUGCUGUGCCGUUUUAACCCUCGCCAGGUCACAGCCUUCCUCCAGACCUCCCAGCACUACCGCCUGGAGGAAACCAUAGAAAUCACCAAGCAGCAUCAGUUACAUGAGGCCACUGCCUACCUGCUGGAGAAAAAGGGGGACGUCCAAGGAGCCUUCCAGGUCCUGCUGCAGAUGCUGAAGGACAAGCUGCACGCAGUCACUCAAGAGCCUUCACAACCUUUCGGGCAGAAGGCUGAGGAAGAGGAGAGUGAAAUGGGGGGUGAAGAACAAACGCCACUGGCCAGAGUAGAGGAAGCACUGAAUGACAUCAUCAGUCUGUGCCACAGGAGCUCACACGGACUCAACCAACAGCAGAGAGAGGCUCUGUGGUUUCCUCUGCUGGAGGCCAUGAUGUCUCCACAGAAACUCCUCAAAGGCCCUGACGCCAAGCACACUUCUGAGGCACUGAAGGAGCUCACUAUGAAGGUGUUAAACAGCAUGUCCAGCUUCAUUGCCCUGCCUGCCAUCAUCCAGCGCAUUCUACAGGACCCUGUGUAUGGAAAAGGGAAGCUGGCAGAGAUCCAGGGCCUCAUUCUUGGGAUGUUGGAGACUUUCAACUAUGAACAGACCCUCUUAGAAACCACUACCAGUCUGCUGAACUCGGACCUGCACUGGUCUCUGGCGCACCUGCGUAAAGCCGUCAGCAGGGGGCUCCACCCCAGACAGGACCACUGCAAUAUCUGCCUGCAGCAGUACAAGAGACGGCAGGAGAGCGAAGAGGAGGUCAUCAUCUUCAGCUGUGGUCACUUGUAUCACUGCCAGUGUCUGCAGCGGAAGGAGCAAGGGGUUAUGGGUAAGGAGCCGGGGCAUAUGGGAGAUCGUGUUCACUCGUGGAGCUGUUACAAAUGCACCUCCAGCCAGAACGCUCGGCCAGGGGACCGGGUCACUGCUGAGGGUGGGAGAGCCAGAUCCACCUCUUUAGCACAGACCAAAGUGACGUCCGCACAUCGGGGGAGCGCAGCUGAGGCUCGUGGGAGGAAGGAGCUGACUGAGGUGACAUUAGAUGCCCAGCAGACGCAGGCCUGGGAUCAGCUCCGCUGCAUGUACAAAGGACCAUCCAGAUUGUCUAUCCUCACAGAAAUCUCCCAUUGCCAUAGCAACGAGAAGGCGGGGCUGCUGAACCCCACCCAUCCGGGAACAGGAAGCAUCUACCACAGUGAAAACUUCAGUCUCAAGCUUUCCCCUCCGCCGCUAGUGGAAGAGUAGGAUAGACACUGCCCAUUGUUAUAGUUUCUGAAUAAAAGCACUACUGUAUCCCCUCACACGAA